CCCGGCGGCCGCAGUAGCAGGAAGCGGCGGAGCGCGGCUGGGCAGCGGCGGCGAUCGCCGUGUCCCGGGGAGGGGUCGGCGGCGACGCCCGGGAAGCGUCCCGAGGGGGAAGAGGCCGGGUCAGCGGGACCGGGAGGGCUCCUGGUCAUUGCCGUGUCGGGAGCGCCGGGUGCCGCCUCCGCGGCGGCCUGACAUGAGCUCAUCGGCGGCGGCGGCGGCAGCAUGGCCUGUGCCCGGAGGGACGGGGAGGCGGACGGCGAGCCCGACCGCUCCCUGCGGCACAUGCUGCGGGCGAUAGCGGAGGAGAGGAGCCGCGCCGGCCUCCGGCACGACAUCAGCGGCCUCGGGUGUUUCAAAGAUGACCGUAUUGUGUUCUGGACUUGGAUGUUUUCGACAUAUUUCAUGGAGAAGUGGGCCCCCCGACAGGAUGAUAUGCUCUUCUACGUCCGUCGGAAACUGUCUUAUGUCAGUGGGGAGAGUACAGAGGGUAAAAAGCAGGUUGAAGUUGAAGUUUACCGGAGAGAUUCUAAGAAGCUUCCUGGCCUUGGAGACCCCGACAUUGACUGGGAAGAGAGUGUCUACUUGAACCUCAUCCUGCAGAAGCUGGAUUAUGUAGUGACCUGUGCUGUGUGCACACGCUCCGAUGGAGGAGAUAUUCAUAUUCACAAAAAGAAAUCUCAGCAAGUGUUUGCAUCUCCAAGCAAACACCCAAUGGACAGUAAAGGAGAGGAGUCAAAGAUCAGCUACCCCAAUAUAUUCUUCAUGAUUGACAGUUUUGAGGAGGUUUUCAGUGACAUGACUGUGGGAGAAGGAGAAAUGGUCUGUGUGGAGCUAGUGGCCAGUGAUAAAAGCAACACCUUCCAAGGGGUGAUUUUCCAGGGGUCCAUCCGCUAUGAAGCACUCAAGAAGGUCUAUGACAACAGGGUGAGUGUUGCAGCUAAGAUGGCUCAAAGAAUGUCUUUUGGCUUUUAUAAAUACAACAACAUGGAGUUUGUCCGAAUGAAAGGACCACAGGGAAAAGGACAUGCAGAGAUGGCAGUGAGUAGAGUUUCCACUGGUGACACUUCACCAUAUGGGACAGAAGAAGAUUCAAAUCCAGACUCCCCAGUGCAUGAGAGAAUUACUUCUUUCAGCACACCACCAACCCCAGAACGUAACAACCGCCCAUCCUUCUUCUCCCCAUCCCUCAAGAGAAAAGUGCCCCGAAAUCGAAUUGCUGAGAUGAAAAAGUCCCAUUCAGCAAACGACAGUGAGGAGUUCUUCAGAGAUGAUGAUGGUGGAGAUCUGCACAACGCGACAAAUCUCCGGUCACGGUCCCUGUCUGGAACAGGACGCUCGCUGGUGGGCUCGUGGCUGAAGCUGAACAGAACAGAUGAAAACUUUCUACUCUAUGCACACUUAACAUAUGUCACUUUGCCAUUGCAUCGAAUUUUAACAGAUAUCCUGGAAGUGCGGCAGAAACCAAUCCUGAUGACAUAGCAGAGAGUGGGCACUGCCUUGGAGCCUUGUUGCCAAGUGCCUAUCCACAGCAGUUUCCUGUGCUAACACUACCAUCUAGUGUCGGGAACAGAGACCGCCGCAGGAAAAAGAGACGUCCAGGAAUACCAGCCGAUCAAAAGUGCCUCUUUCUUCCUUCCUCUGCUGUCACACACCAAAUGCCCACAUCACUGGAGUGUUUCUGACUGGAAGAGGACUUUCAGCAAGACAAAAUGAGAAGGGGCUGCGUUUAAACUGAGUCAACACCUUAUGGACAGUUUGCUACUGUGUUUACUUUAUAUCUAAGAAGCCAACAAUAUGUACAGAAUGUGUUAAACUUUAUAUUCUUUGGGAGAAACAUUCUAAGAAUUUCAUAAUGAUGUGCUGUUGGACAUUGUCCCAUAGACUCUGGCCAUACCCUCUCUUCGUCCGAUCAGCCGUGUGCGAGCGUGUGCGUGCGUGUGUGCGUGCAUGUGUGUGUGUGUGUGUUUGUGUAUGUGUGGAGCAGAGUGGGGAGAGAGCAGCUUCCUCCUAAGGGAAGAAAAGGAAAAAGAUGCAUUGCUGUUUUGGUAUGUGCAGCAGGUCAGGUCAGAGCUUAGAAGAGGUUGAAAACGUUCCCAUUUUUCAUGUGUCAGUGUUAGGACAGGUGAAAGCUGCUGACAGAUUUCCGUAUCUACCAAAGAACAGCAACAUUUUCAUCCUCAAGAACUGGCUAAGAAAAUGAGCCAAUGAAAAGAAGGCUAAAAUGUGCUGCUAUAGUAAAGCUGAGGUUCUUCUCCAGUACUAAUGCUGCUUGUCUUUCUCUCAGCUGAGUCAAUACCAGUUUGAGUCUAAAGUGAAAAAACAGGAGACUAAUUGGUCUCAAAAGGCCUAAAACCUUACCAGUAACCCAUCCUCCUGCAUGCACUGGACUUGAGAGUUUGUAGUCGUCUUUGCAGUACCCUUUGUAGCCAAGGAAGGCAUGGGAGCUGCUUUGUGGUCAGGCAGCUUACCCAGAUUUUCCGUCUUUGGUUGCUACGUGCUGAAGCACAGAGAGCUUUCUUGAAAUACAAAAGAUGGAAACGUAAUUCUGUUCUGAAAAGUGACUAAAAAUUGCAUAGUGGGAGGUCUGAGAAUGAUGUGCCAGGAGCUCUCAGGAAAACAGCCUUAUGUUUACACAUGAAGUUCAGCUCUCUCUAAACAGCAAAACUGCUGUCCUUGACAUUUAAAAACAAAAUUAUUGAUUGUUGAGGUUACUGUACUCUGGCUAACUAUUUUGAUGAGAGACAGUACAUACUUGGGUUUAUUUAGGACCACAAAGCAGUGAGAGGGGUGCCAUGUCCCUUAGGGCACAUGAGACUCCAGUACAUGCACAAAGGGAGAGCAAAGAUGCCAUUUUUGUCACUUUUCAGACUCUGAGCACCUAAACCUGAUGCUGUGGCAUGUGCUCUGAGCCUGGACCUUUGUCUCCCUCAUACCUGGUCUUUCCCAAGUGCUUUGUUGUUACUCUCACAGUAGCAUCUAAUGACUUAACCUCUCAAAUAGGACUUUCUGCUUUUUUUCCUCAGGCUAGAUUCCAUGGAAAUAGCGCCACUUCAGCAUAAAGGCUGACCAGAUUUGCCCUUCAGCCGACCCUGAUGACUCCAGCAUAGUCAGGGUGUCUGUCUGUAUUUGAGGCCAGGCCUGGAAGUUGUCCCCUUAGCACAGCAUGGCAGCCUUUCUUACACUGGCAGCAUGAGUAUAUGACAGGGACAGCUGAUCAGUUUUCAGUUGGCUUCGAAUGCGUUGCAAGGCCUUAGAAAAACGUUCCCUUUGUCAUUACCAGCACACCCACUUUUCAUGCUGCAGCCUUGGAAUGUUGCCUGUGGUCUGUGUGGAUGUGAGGGUGUUUCCACCAUCUAACCUGGUUGCCCCAGGCUUUCCCCCUGAGCCCGGGGAGAGGUGGAGUCCUCGCUCUGCAGCUGAAGUGCCCUCUCAAGGAACUUGCCACGCAGCCUGGGUGGGUACCUGAGAUCCCACAGGUAGUGUUCCUGCCAUCAGUCGGUACAAAUAUUCUCUCUUUGCUCAUGCUGAGAAUUAAACCACUCCUCAGCUAGAAAACAAGCCUCUCAGUGUGCUCCUUACUCUGUGCUUUCAUACUGCUGAACUGGGCAAAUCAGCGUUUGGUUUUCCUUCAAAUGUUCAUUGCAGAGGGAAGGGAGAGAGGGCUCACAUUUGUACUAAUCAUAACAAUUGGUACCUUUCAGUCAGGAAGCUGGAGGAACAAUGUAAAAAGGAAGUGUAUCCAGAUAGGACCCUCAGUGCUAGGUGCCUGAUCACUUCUCAGUGGACAGGAAUUUGUAAUGCUCCCUUGAUGUUGUGUGUUAUGUUUAGGUGGCUUAACUUUGUGUGAUUUGAAAGACUGAGAAAAUCUUGCUGUGUAAGAUUUCAAAGCAAAUGAGGAAUGAUUCUAAGCUACUGCAUUAGCUUAAAAGCAGUGCUAUGGAAGGUACAGUUUAGAUCCUACAUCUGUGUUUCAGGAGAUAUCAUCUGCUUUGUUACAUGUAUGUGGUUGGAUUUUGAUGUCUAGUGUUUGAAGGGCUGUAAUGUCCUAAAAAAAGUAAAUUUAUUUCUUGUAUCUUGCUAGUGGGAUAUGCUAUACGUAUGUUGAAGACUCACCUUUUCUAGUAGAAAAGGACUACAAGUAUGCCCUCAUGGACAUCCAUGGAAAACAGAGGUCAAAAAGUCUACUGAAUGUCAAUAGUGCUUUUUGGAAGCAAAGAUGUGCCAGAUUCUCAGUUACUCCUUCUUUCAACAGCUGUCUUGGACUUCUUAUGUAUAACCAGUGGCUCCCACUUUCUGUUAUGAAAUUUCACAUUUUGUUCUGCUUUUAAACAAACCCUGAAAAUUAUAAUUUGUUGCCUUGUGUGGACAGAUGGACAGGGAAUUUGAUCAAAAAGCUUUGUUUGGGUCAGGAUGGCACAACUAGACCCUUAGCAUGGUAUUGCACUACAUCAAAAAAGAAAAGUGAAUGUUAGUAAGAACCUCUCAACCUAUUAAUUUGGAGGGGGUUCCAUUCUGUGGGUCCUAAGCAGUAAGCAGGAUUCACCCCACUGGCCAUUGAAGUAAUUGCUGCAGAUGGAGCUGGCAUGUCCUGCAGUGCCAUGAAGGUUGUUUGGCUGUCAGUCUUAGUGGCUGGAGCACAGUGGGUUUCAUUGGUUACACUGAUGUUUGAAGAUGCAGCUCAGUUAACAAAUUUGGGAAACUUUGCAGAAGUUUCUUUCUUUUUCUUUCUUUAUCUUUCUUUUUCUUUCUCUUUCUUUCUCUUUCUUUCUCUUUCUUUCUCUUUCUUUCUCUUUCUUUCUCUUUCUUUCUCUUUCUUUCUUUUGGAAUUCCACGAUACCUCAUUGCUCAGUUAAGUCCUUCCAUCCUUCUGCCCACUCACUCCCUUUGGAGAACAAGGCUUACCACUUGAGCUCUUCCUAGAUGUUGUAUAUUGAUAGAUGUCAAAUACAAGGAUGUGAAUAUUUUCACCCAUAACAAAUUUUUCACUGCUAUCAAUUUAGCCAGUAUAAAAAGCUUUUUUUUUAAAAAAAAAAAAAAAAGAAAGCUCUUUAAUUAUUUAUUUUGUGUUAGCUGACUAUUGCUCUGCCUUAGAGACCACCAUGUAUGUGAAAUUAUGUUCUCUUACUGCCAGCCAGGACAAGGUGGAUUCUGAAUCUCCUCUUAAAAGAAAAUGCUUUUGGAAGUGAUGAGUCUUUCAGCUGUCUUGGCUAAUCCAGUUUGUGUUGGUCCCUGUUCCUUCUCUUUUUAUUCUCCUGGUCUUCAUUGUUUACAAGGCUUGGGCAUGUUGGGCUCUGGAUUGCUGUUACUAUUUUUAUAGUUUUCUAUUUCUGGGCAUGGUGUGUUUUCCAGAAAAGAUAAUUGUUUGCACAGGUGGCUUUUCACAGUAAUAUGUUUUUCCCAAAGUAUGUUCAUUAUUCAGGCAGUGAAGUCCUUGGCUCUGCAGACAGAUUUCUUUCAGGAGACCCUCAUGUAUAGAAUCCCAUCUGGUCACUGAAGUUCUGUAUGGAUGUGGAAUCCAGGGAAAUAGACUACUUUUAGAUUAUUGACCUGCUUCUUGCCAGUCAUUAAUUUUGCCUUUUCAAGAUGAUUGCUUGUCCUGUAUUUUGUAGUCUGAAGCUUCCAUAUUAAAGACAGAUGUAAAAUCUUCAGAAGUGCCUAAGCCCUGUUGUUACCCAGUGGGGUUUAAGAACAAAUUUUUAUUUAGGAAAAUAAUUUAUUAGUCUUAAAUUGUAUCUGUGUUGUAUGUAGCAGUGUCAAGAAAUGACAAGUUUAUAGUUCUUGGAUGAACAAUGUCUCUCAUAUGAACUCACCCUUUGUGUUUGAAAGACUCUCAUGGUUUCCAAAGGUCAUGGCUGAAAGCUCUGGAAAGUGGAUUUCCUGUGGUCACAGCAAUCGGAUGUCUGUAAAUGCCUUACACAUUCUGCAAGGUAUGACUGCAAGUGUGUAGUGCUGGUGUGUAGAAAUUCUGUGUCAAGGUACAGUAGAAUCCAGUUAAAGGCAUUGUGAAGUAAGUAGCUUUUACACCAAACCUUAAACAAAAGAGUAUUUUACACCAGAAUGUAGCUGUUUGGAUACUUGGUCUGCAAGCAGGUUGCAAUGUUGAACAUUCUCUAUGUAAAUAUAUAAAUAGCCUAAUUUUAUCAGCCUAACACAUGUUGCAUGGUUUGGGUUUUAUUUGCCUCAUCAAUCAUUGGUGUUGCUUAAAAGGUGAUGGGUUGAAAAUUGUGCUGGCACUGUACUGAGCCAUUUGAGCAAAGAGCAAGGAGAAUGUUGUGCACCAAAAAUAAAGUCGACCAUGCUUAUGGAGCAGUGAAGAAAGUGUUGGACCCUGCAGCAAAUAAACAGACCUCUUUAACAACUAUGAA